AUGCAUACGCUCGACAUCCACUCUGCCACCACCGAGGACAUCCUCUCGCUCGAAAACAUCCGCUCGGUGCUCAUCCGCCUCGAAGAGACGAUCGUCUUCCAGCUCAUCGAGCGCGCCCAAUUUGCGCGCAACGCAAGAUGCUACUCGUCGGACGGCUUUCCCGAGCUCAAAGAGCGUGAGGGCUGGAACAGCUCCUGGCUCGCCUGGUUCCUCAAGGAGACCGAAAGCACACAUGCCAAAGUUCGCCGCUUCGAAGCUCCGGACGAGUACCCAUUCACAGACCCGGCGUUGCUGCCCAAGCCCAUCCUUGCGCCAGUGACCUACCCAGAGCUCUUGUGGAAGCACUCGGUCAACGUCAACGACCAGAUCCUCAAGUUCUACGUCGAUCAGAUCAUCCCAGACAUCACAAAGACUCUCGGAGAGAACUCUGACGACGGGCACUACGGCUCUUCAGCGAUUCGCGAUAUGGAGGUGCUGUCCGCUCUCAGUCGGCGCAUUCACUUCGGCAUGUUUGUGUCCGAGUCCAAGUUCCGGGCGGAGCCAGCAGCAUUCAUCCCGCACAUCCUCACACCCAACCGGGACGAGUUGGCGGCGCUGAUCACCAAGCCCGCGGUGGAAGCGGCGCUGCUCGUGCGUCUCGCCGAAAAGGCCAAGGUGUACGGCCAGGACAUGGACCGGCCCGGCGCGAAUGCCGAGGAGCGCGAAAAGGAGCGCAAGAUCGAAAUCGACACGGUCGUGCGCAUCUACAAGACGUUUGUCAUCCCACUCACCAAGGAGGUCGAAGUCGACUACCUCCUCACUCGCCUCGACGGCGUAUCGCAGGACAAGAUCGACAAGAUGCUCGCAACCAACACCUUUGUACACUAG